GCGGCGUCAUAUGUUCCUGAAGCGCGGAGGUUGUCGGUUGUUCAUGCGGUUGUCGGAGCGCGCACGAAACGGUUUUUGAGAAGCUUCUGAAUCGGAAACGGUUUUUUUUUGAAACAUCGCCAAGGCGUGUGUGUGCUGCAUAUGUGUGGAAAGUGAAAACGAAAAUGAAAAUGAGCAUGGUGCAUGAGCUUCCUUGACGUUAGCGCUCGUUUGCUCGUUGUAACAGCGGAAAAUCCAAAGAAAACGCACACUCGAAUCACAGUGAAAAGAAUCGAAGGCGAGAGCGAGAGUACGACACAGAGGAAAGGCCAAUUGUGAGUGGGUGAGGAACGGUCUUGUGUUCCAGCCACGUCCCGUCCACCUUCAGGCCAAGCAGAAAUGUCCGCCAAAACGUCCCCGUCUAGCUCCCGGGAUGCCAGCGUGGGUGUCGCCGCGAACGUGGCCGCACCGGUGCAAAUCAAAAAGGAACUCCCCAGCGAUGAGAUCAAGGAGUUCGCACACAGCACCAUGAAUGAGCUGCUCGGCUGGUAUGGCUUCGAUGGCGUCGACGUGGAUCGCCUGGACCUCACCGCCAAGACAUCGCGUCUGCUUCAGAGUGCCGCCGCUGUGGCCAGCCAACAGCACCACCUGCACCAUCAGGACCAGGAGCAACAGCACCAGAUGCUGGAGAGGAGGAGGACUGGUUUCCUUCGGAGCAGUCGCAGCUCCCUUGCUGCCGCGUAUCAUAGCAACAACAAUAACCACACGAAAAACAAUACCAGUAGCAAUGGAAAUGGGAAUGGGAAUGCCAGUGCCAGUGCCGGUGCCGGUGCCGGUGGGAGUGGGUGUGGGCGCAAGGGCGGCAUUCAAUAUUGCAACAGAACGACGACGACUCCCUCGGAUCAUGAUACGCGCAGCUCGCGGGAGGAUGACUCCAAAAGUCCGAACUCAAUCGGCAAGCCGGUCACGACAGUGGGGAUGCUGACCACAGAGGAGAAAAUAGACUUCAACAACUGUUGCUGGUGCCAUCGACCGAUUGCCGAGAACGCGCCAGACUAUCUAACCAGCAGCGAUGGACCUCGCUAUUGCUCGGAGUCCUGCUUCACACAGAGCCGGCGGGCGUGCUUUAAGAAGGCCAAGACCUGUGACUGGUGCAAGCACGUCCGCCAUGCAGUCAGCUAUGUGGACUUCCAGGAUGGGGCCUCGCAGCUGCAGUUCUGCUCGGAGAAGUGCCUCAACCAGUACAAGAUGCAGAUCUUCUGCAACGAGACCCAGGCCCACCUGGACAUGAAUCCACACCUGCGGGACCAGGGCCUGGAGGCGGGCAGCGAAGCGGGUCUCAUCACGCCCGAUCUCUGGCUGCGCAACUGCCGCAGUCGCUCGGCCUCGCCAGCCUCCACGGUAUCGGUGUCGCCAGGGCCUCCAGCCGAGAGGUCGGCGGGGGCCACCGCCAAGCGAAUCUCGCCUAGCGUUACUCCGCCCAGCAAUCCGAGCAAACCCUUGAUCUCAGUGGCGCCCGUGUCCAAGCUGCUGGCCCAGAAGAGUCCCGCGCCAGCUGCUGCAGUCCCUCCACCGCCGCCCCCACCCCAGCAGCGGCACCACAACUCCUUGGGAUCGGGUCCGGGACUAAAGCCUGGUCGCCGCAAGCGUCCGCAACGGGGUCCAUCGUCCUCCUCCGGUUCGGAGACGGUGGCCAGCAUGCUCCAAAAGCAGCAUCAUCAACAGCAGCAGCAGCAGCAGCACCAGCCGACGCUCAGCGCAGACUUUUCCGGAUCCAGUGUGCCGCUGCCGCCAUUAUCCCCCAUGCCAGAGCCGGCCCAUCCCCACCAACAACAGCAGCAGCCUCCCACAGUGGUGCCACCCCAGGUCCUGGGCAGGGGCCCAACUGCCAUACCUUCCAGCUACUUUGCCCCACCGCCCAAUGGGCAUCCGAUGGGACUUCCAUUUGGAAGGCAUCCCGCGCAGCCGCCACAUCACUUCCUGCCGCCCCCGCACGGCAUGAUGCCUCGGGGAUUUCCUCCGCCCUUUGGGCUACCGAUGCCGACACAGGUGCCAGAGCAUCUUGGUGCUUUCGCGGCAAUGAUGGGUGCGGUUCCGCCCGUAACCGUGAUGGUGCCAUAUCCAAUAAUCAUACCGCUGCCCAUACCCAUACCCGUGCCCCUGCCCGUCAUGGACUUCUACAAGGCGCAUCUGACACCCGAGCAGCGGAAGCAGUUCGACGAGGAGCGUGCCACGACGAGUCGCAGGGAGGACCAGCCACAGCCACUGGACUGCAGCAAGGCCAGGAGUGAUAAGGAUCAGGAUCAGGAGCAGGAUGGGCAACCAGAGGAGGAGCCGAAACCUCCACCAGAGCUCAAGGAGGAGCAGGUGGAGGAGGACGAGAAGGAGAAAGACGAAGAUGUCGAUAUUGAUGAUGACUGUAAUGAUAAUGAUGACGAUGAGGAUAAGAAAUCCAUACCAAAGACAACCUCUGCCGGGAACGCUUCUCCAGCUUCAGCUUCUGCUUCGCCGUCGCCUUCGUCAUCAUCGCCAGCCACUGAUGCGACCGCGCUUGAGACACACUGCAUUGUCCGGGAUGAAACCCAUUCGGAGGCCGACCAGGACAACCAGAAACUGCCCAAGCUAAAAAUCACGCGACUGCAAGCCAAACGGACCCUUAUCCAAACCAAAGAGCCAACCGCGUCCACAUCGUCUCCAGCUCCACCGUCAUUUCCAGCGACACCUUCGGGCAGCAACGUUUCGUCCGAAUGCAGUCGACCGCUGCGCAAGCGCAAGCGGAUCAUUGACUGCGACUUCCAGAAGAUGGCACUGCGGGAGCUGGAGCCGGGCGAUGGCGGCCACAACCAGGAGAGCAGUCCCACCAAGGACGGGGACGGAGAGUGCAAUAUAACCAAUAGCAACAACCAUGGCAAUGCUAAAGCUAAAAAGUAAAUGUAUUAGACUUAAUAGUAGACUUUACAAAAUAUUAGUACGUAUUUAUCCAUGAACUGCGUGUGUAUGUGUGUAAACUGGACUUGAAUAUAUGUAUGCGAAAGCGCAAUAUAGGGAGCGGAAGGCGGAAGGCACAAAGUGCUCGAAGAGUCAGAAUGAAAUUGAAAUAAAUACAACAUUUAAAUUAUUAA